GUCUGCGGAGCUAUUCGUAGACAUUGCUGCCAACCGCGGCUCGGGGCUGCCUGCGAGCUCAACGCAGCCGGUGCAAUAUUCAAACACAAGCCUUAUAAAGUAGCGACAGAAUGUGGUCACAGUUGCUGGCACAAUUACGCGUAAAACUAACAAGGAGAGUGAGCGGCGUGCAGAUGGGGAGUAGACUGGUUUAAAAAGACAAAAAUGACAUGAUGAUGAUGAUGCAGCUGAGUUAUUGACGCACGGAUGCUUUUUUCUUUUUUUCAACUUUGAUUUGUUGUUGAGCUGAAUAACAAACAACAUGCCCCACGCUCGAAAUAGGAACCCAAGCCCCAUCCCGGAGGUAACAUGGGACACGGGACUCAAAGAGAUGAACGAGACCUGGAAAGGGGCUAUUGCUUGUCUGGGGGUAGCUGUCUUCUUCGUAAUGACCAUCGGGAUCAUUUACUGGCAAGUGGUGGACCAGCCCAACAAGAACUGGAUCCUCAGGGGGACUUUCAGUGGACUCAUCUGGGAGAGGAGAACCCACUCUCUGGUCAUACAGACUCUGACCGAGGACAGGACCUACGUGGAGAUAGACGUGGGAAACGUAGGGAAUCCCGACAUCGAGGUCCCAUUCGUGAGGAACCUGUGCUGGUUGAACAAAACCGAGUUCUGCUACACAUGGGACUCGGUGGCCGAGGUGAAGAUCUCGCUGGAGGUUAACGAGGAUGCAGAGACUGAGUGUUACAGCAUGGCCUGGACGCCGGUGCACUGUCAUGUGGAGCUGAAGGACUGCUUCUCCAUGGCCAAUGUCUCCUGGUACGGCGGUGCAAGUGUCCAGGGUCAGACCUGGCCAAUUAAUGAUCAGAACAUCACAAUGCAGCCAUACGUGGUCAGCGAUCUGAGGGACACACCAUCUGGAUACGGCUCUCCCCUGGAACGCUUCUUUCUUGGUUCAUCGGGAGUCACAGUGCUUCUGUCCCCUGAUAUCCCUCUGCAGCUUGGGGUGGACAGCAGAGAGCAGUUCUGCUUGAAGUCUGUGCCAAGUAUGGAGCGCCUUCCUCUCCAAUAUACUGUGUGUGUGGCCCACAACGUCAAAGCUGCUCAUCAGGAAGCCGUCCAACAACUUUCUGAGUUCAGCAGGGAGCUUCCAAACAUGAAAACGUUGUGGAUGCCAUUCUGGAAGUUCCUCACCAAUGUAGACACAGGGCCGAAAAUGGAGCGAGAACUGAGAACCUUCUCUAAUCGUCUGAGGAGACACCAGCUGGGAGAGGGAGUCAUCAGCCUUAAUGAACAUUCCACCACCCUCCUUUCAGAAAUGGACCAUGACUACCUCAACAGCAGGAAAAGGGGGAUGUCCAAGAGACUGACCAGGGACCUCCCACUUGUCAAGCUUCUUAACAUUUCCAUCACCCUGUCCCCUUUCCUUGGUGUGGACACCAAGCAGUUCCACACCUCCCUCACUGAUGGCACAGAGGACUACUGGCUCAGUCUUCCUUCAGCCACUAAUGGGAAGCUGAUCCCUGUGAUGAGCCAGUGGCGGGGAAAGUUUUGCGUAAAACUGAAUCUUACAAACCCUGCUGCUGUGAGCUGGUUCCUGGACAGAGUGGAGUCCCUAAAGGCCCAUUUAGGGAUGGAGUACAUCAUGCUGGAGGGAGGAGAAGGGAAUCUGUUUGAGGAUCAGGCCCUGCGACCACCACUGGCUCUGAGUGGAGAUAAAUACAUCGAACUUCUGGCUGAUUUGGCCACCAGCAUAGGAGACUCCACCAUCGUGACUGCAGGAACCAGGUCAAGCCACAAGCCUCUGUUUGUGAAGAUGACACCCCUGCAGUCUGACUGGAGUCCAAUGGGUUUGAGGGCAAUCAUUCCCUCUCUGUUGCACCACGCUUUGGUGGGAUAUAACUUCCUCAUUCCUGAUGCAGUAGGAGGCUCUCUGUCUGGAGACCUGGUCACAGAUAGGGAGCUGUUUAUUAGGUGGUUGGAGAUAGCAGCCUUUCUUCCUGUCAUCAGUUUCCAUACACCACCCUGGUUCUACGGCGAUGAGCAGGUACUUUCACCUAUAAACCAACCAUACUCUUUAUCAAUCUCACAUAUAGCUUUUUUCUGCAUUUUAUGUGUCCUGGUGGCACCAGUGGUGGAGAAGGGGGCAGUCCAGAGGGAUAUUUAUUUACCAGAUGGGGACUUCCAGUGGCAGGACAGCCAGAGUGAGCAGGUGUUUGAUGGCGGGACGUUUCUGCAGGAUUACCCUGUACCUCUGGAGGAGGUAGCUGUAUUCUUACGGAGAAGCUGAGUCCUGACUAAUCCACUUAGUCGACCGACUGUUACUGUUUCAAAUCAAAUUCUUAAAAAUAUACUUCUGAAAGUGUUCUGAUCUCAACUUGCACUUUUCCACUACAGACCAUUGACAAUGUCUCGACGUUUGACUUGAGAUAUUUAGAGAGACUUUUUUUUUCUUAUACUUGCACUUUAAAGUUUGUAAUUGUUGCAUUUUUUUGUCUUUGUGACACUUUUUUUCCUCUUUUUAAUACUAAUCAGUUUUACCUCCUGGCUGAUUUUCCGGGCUUAUAUUUUUUUAUUCAAUAAUAUUUCUUCUGUGUAUAGUUCCUGAGAGAUCCGUGUGUUUACGUACUGCCUUUCAACAGUCUUUAAACUUUUAGUUGCUGCUGGCCGUCUUCAUAAAGAGGAACAAAGCAUUGUUGGCUUAAAAGAAUCUCUCAAGAAGACCAAAUGAAGAAAUGGAAAAUUACAGGAAAACUUUUUGAAAGAGCUCUUUUCAAGGGAACUGCUUAGUAAGACAAAAUUGGAUCACGCAAACAAGCUACAAAAUUGUACAUUAGCACUGUGGUAUUGAAGGAGUUGCUCAAUCAUUGGAAAA